CCCAGACCUAUUCUGGGCAGAAACCGUUGUGGUUUUCUCUAUAAGUCAGAAGCCGCUCAUGUAGAUCUAAAUUCAGUCUUUAUUGGAAUAAUGAAGUUACAACCAAGGCUGCACACUUAAAGUGUGUCCAGUAUUGUUCUACACCAAUUUUUAUACAUUUUCUUAUCGUUUAACAAUAUCUCGUCAUUUAAGCAUCAUCAUUCCUUCAACCAUGACUGUCUCAUUUGGUUUCUGAGCUAUUAACUCUUUAGUGCAUUGCCCCUAUGCCAUGUAAUAUGGAUACUGUGGUGUACGGCCACGACAGAGGGGACAGACCCCGUAAUGCAGUGUCCAGCUGGUUUAAUGAUCGAACCAGAAACAAACAGGGUUAAACUGAGGAUCCAAAGUCAUGGUUGUAGGGCAGGCAAUGGUUGGUGUCCAGGAAUGACAGUCCUACGUGGAGUGACGGGACAAGAGGAUUGGAAGGGGGACACGAAACAGAUGGAGGAGCAGGGAAGGAUGGAGCAGGCAGGUAGGGCAGGCAGAAGAAGGUGGGUGGAUGGAACAGGCGAGACAGGCAGGGCAGGCGGAACAGCAGGGCAGGAUACAGCAGGCAGGGCGAUCGGGGAAAACAAGAGACAGAAAAUUGCUCGGUAUGGCACAUUAGAACAAUGGCAACAAUACUUCGCAAUGAGCCUAGGACUUUGACAGCUUUAUGACACAGAGCGAUUAGCGUGCAUUGUCCCCCAAAUUCCCCUGUUCAAUGCACAUUUCAUAGGACACGGCUGUCUCAUUUGGUUUCAGAGCUAUUAACCCUUUAGUGCAUUGGUCCUAUGGCAUGCACUUAACAUGCAACAACUAAAGACUGAGUGGCCGUUCCUGUUUAUGAAGAGGUUCCUGAUGCAGCAUUUUAGUACGCUUACAGGAAUUGAACUGGAAUCAAGACUUGAGGAGUCCAUUGCUGGGAAAGGAAGAAGGGUACUCCAGUUUUUCAAGGGUCAGCUCCUGCGCUGGAAGAAAGAGGUGAGGACAGUCCUCGCUGACCUUGAAAGGCAACCUGAAGAUGUGGACCUCAGCCUUGCUCUCAUCUUGGUGAUGAUGGCCUUCUUCAAGGACAGAGAAGAUUCCAUUUUCCUUCUGGCUGAUGUCACUACCCCCCAGGCAGAUGUGGGGACCCAGCUGUCCCUGCCCAACACACCAAGGAUAAUCCUACUGGGAGAUUCCAUUCUGGCAUCAAGAAAAUGGAUGCUGGCCAUGGAGGGAAAGUUGGUCAUAGAAGCCACUCAUCUACAGCUGGACUUCACCUGUGCCCUGGCUGUCCUAUUUGCAGCAUAUUAUGUAUUUAACAUGGAGUAUGAAGGAGAGGCAGCAACAACACUGGAAUUCAUCCAGAGGUUUCUCGUACGGAUAAACCCUGAGAAUUCAAAGUGCACAUCCAGGUUUCAUGUGAGCAAGAGGAGUGGCAAGACUGUGCAGAGGAAGACAAUGGCCCUGAAUCCGCACGUCGCCUCAUUUAUCAGGGACUUCACAGACUAUGAUUGGAAAAAUCAUUAAGGACCAUCAUAUGUCUUGGGGUCUCUGCUCCACAUGAUGCCACCACCUACCACCAUCCUCCACAUCUGCCCCUCAUCAUGCACUUUCACCCUGCACCUCAUCUCUAAUGCUGCAAUUUUGUUGUUCUGUGUCAGCACUACUGUGUUAUUGUUCAAAUUUCACAAUAAACUUUCAGCUUUC